AUGGACCUUCUCUUUAAUUCACAUCAGUUUGUUCCAAACUACAUAUGUGGAAUCCAGGAAACUCUAAUAGGUGUAAUCGGGGGACUGAGCUCUGCUACCACUUCAUGCAUGGCAGACAUAUUACAUAUUUUCAAGAUUCCACAGAUUUCAUAUGGCUCAUUUGAACCAGCAGUGAAUGAUCCCACCAAUUUUCCUUCAUUUUACCGCAUGGUCCCCAAUGAAGCCCUUCAGUACCAGGGAAUUGUCCAGUUACUUCUGCAUUUCAGAUGGAAAUGGAUUGGGAUCAUUGCUAAGGAUGAUGAAGGUGGAGACCAUUUCUUGCAGACUAUGGAGCCAAUGUUCUCCAUGAAUGGAAUCUGUACAGCAUUCAUAAUAAGAGCUCCUGAACGUUUCACAACACUAAAUAUACAUGAACUUAUCAAGGACCAAAAGAGUAUGUCACUAUUUUUUAAUAUGGGGAAAGUCAAUGUAGUUGUUACAUAUGCAGAAACUGCAUCAACUAUAUGGUUGGGAGACUUAAUACAGAAAUUUGCAAGAACACAAGAGAUAUUUCCAACAUACAGAGAGUUCUCUGUAGCAAAAGUGUGGAUUACAACAGCCCAAAUUGAUUUCACAAUGCGUAUUGUCGCAAACAUUUUUGAUACUGAUCUACAGAUAUUCCAUGGUGCUAUCUCCUUUUCAAUUAACUCCAAGGAGCUAAGAGACUUUCGUAGGUUUCUUCAGACUAUCCAUCCUUCUUGGACAGAGGGAGAUGGUUUUAUCCACAAUUUCUGGAAAGCAGCCUUUAACUGUAUCUAUUCAAAGUUCACUUUGCCAGCCUUCCUCACUGGCCAGUGCACUGGAGAAGAGAUGCUGGAAAGCCUUCCUGCAUCCCUUUUUGAAAUGAGCAUGACUGGUCACAGCUAUAGUAUCUAUAAUGCUGUCUAUGUUCUGGCUCAUGCCUUACAUAUCAUGCAGUCAGCUAGAUCCAACCACAGAAUAAUGGAGGCCAGGAGCAGUCUGUCUCUUUCUAAUGUGGAAACCUGGCAGCUGCAUUCUUUCCUUCAGAGGAUCUCAUUUAACAACAGUGCUGGAGAUGAAAUCAUGUUUAAUGAACAUGGAGAAUUGGCCGCUGGAUUUGAUAUUACAAACUUUGUCACAUUCCCAAAUAAAUCCUACAUCAGGGUAAAAGUGGGGAGUCUGGAUCCUCAGGCUCCCCCAGGCAAAGAACUGAAGAUUAAUGGUGACAGAAUUGAAUGGCACAGUGACUUGAUUCAGAUUCCACCUCUUUCAGUGUGCAAUGACAACUGUCAUCCUGGUUACGGGAAGAAAAAGAUCGAAGGAAAGAAAUUUUGCUGCUAUGAUUGCGUUCCAUGUCCAGAUGGAAUGAUCUCAAAUGAGAAAGGUAGGACUUGUAUCGUUUGCCCAGAAGAUCACUUCCAAAACAAAAACCGCGAUCAAUGCAUUCCUAAGAUUCCAAACUUCCUAGCUUUUGGAGAAAAUUUGGCCAUCAUUUCAACUUUCUCUGCACUCCUAUUCACUCUGAUCACAGCUGUGGUGCUUGGCAUCUUCAUUAAGCACCAGGACACUCCCAUAGUCAAAGCCAACAACCGAAGCCUCACCUACAUACUCCUUGCCUCCCUCCUCUUGUGUUUCCUCUGCUCUCUGAUGUUCAUCGGAAUGCCUAACGAGGCAACAUGCCAUCUCCGACAAACUGGUUUUGGCACCAUCUUCUCUGUGGCCCUGUCUAGCAUUCUGGCCAAAACUAUCUCUGUGGUUUUGGCAUUCACGGCCACCAAGCCAGGAUCCAAGAUGAGGAAAUGGGUGGGCCAAAAACUGGCUUAUUCCAUAGUCCUCUCCUGCUCCAGUAUCCAAGUAGGGAUCUGUGCUCUGUGGUUGGCCACCUCUCCUCCAUUCCCAGAUGUCGACAUGCACUCGAUGACUAAAGAAAUCAUACUGUUGUGUAAUGAAGGGUCAGUCUUCAUGUUCUAUUGUGUCUUGGGCUACAUGGGCUUCCUGGCCAUUGUCAGCUUCACUGUAGCCUUCCUAGCCAGGAAGUUACCAGACAGUUUUAAUGAAGCCAAGUUCAUCACCUUCAGCAUGCUGGUCUUUUGCAGUGUUUGGCUCUCCUUUAUUCCAACAUAUCUCAGCACAAGAGGAAAAUACAUGGUGGCUGUAGAGAUUUUCUCUAUCUUGACUUCCAGUGCUGGGUUACUGGGCUGCAUCUUUUCUCCAAAAUGCUACAUUAUUGUGUUGAGGCCUCAGCUGAACAACAGGGAGCAGCUAAUACGUAGAAAGAUAUAA